CUAAUACUUCGCUACUGUAGACUUCUUCACAAUUAGCAUUUUGUAAUAAAUCCAAAAAUGAAAAACAUUUUUUCCCCAUAAAUUAAAAAAAAAAACAAUGCGACAGAUAAGGCCAUGGUAUUUCUACAGAAGCAAUUUUAUCCACUCUGUAUAAUAUUCCAAAUGACAAUGAACACCACUUCCCCUAAAGUUCAGCUUCUUUAUGAUCUUUGCAAAACCACAUUUUCUAAUUCUGGUUUGUCUUCUUCUGCUUCUUCCCAAUCCAUCCAAAUCCUCUGCUCUCUUCUGGACACGUUUACCCCUGCUGAUGUUGGACUUAAAGAGGAAAAUCCUAUUGAUGAUGAAGGGCAUGGACGUGUAGCUCGGUGUACUCAACCUAUUACAUAUUUGCACAUUCACGAAUGUGAUGGUUUUACGGUUCAGUAUUUACCAUUUCAAGCGUUUUAUGCUUCUUUCGAUCGUGUCCAUAAGAUGUGUAUAUUCUGCUUUCCUACUUCUUCAGUUAUUCCACUACACGACCAUCCCGAGAUGACUGUAUUCAGCAAAGUUCUUUACGGAUCUCUGCAUGUGAAGUCUUAUGACUGGAUUGAACCAACAUGUAUUAGGGAAAGCACGGAGCCAGGUUGCCCUCAAGUAAGGUUAGCAAGGUUGGUGAUGGAUAAAGUUUUUACCGCACCAUGCCGGACCUCUGUGUUGUACCCAAAAAGUGGGGGCAAUCUGCAUUGUUUCACUGCAGUGUCCCCUUGUGCCGUCCUUGAUGUACUUGCUCCGCCUUAUAGAGAGGAUCUCGGUAGAAAGUGCACUUAUUACAUCGACUAUCCGUUUUCAACCUCGGGAAAUGGAGCUCAGAUAAGCAAUGGAAAGGAAGAGGACUAUGCAUGGCUUGCGGAGACGGAAACGCCGGAUGAUCUAUACAUGCAGCCAGGAGUAUAUGUUGGUCCACCUAUUGAGGUUUAGUUCUCGAUAUGUCUCUUUGGUAUUGCUUCGUAGAUAAUACCAUGUUUGCUCGUUCGUUCGACUUGAUUUUUGGAGGCUUGAGAAUGUUCUUUCAUGGCCUCGCUGCAUGCGAAUUAGAAUGGCGAUUCUAUGAGCUUUAUAACUGGCUUUGCGCUUUGAAUACAUAUACCUGAAACGAAAAAUGUGGCUAAUUUGAAGUUUUUAGUAGAUUGUAUGAUUAUUCAUCUUCAUCUUCUUUAAACAAUUAAAAUCGUUGUUGUAUAACUUUUUCUAUCGCAUCACUUAUACCAAUAGGAAGCUCUCAUUCCUUUUUUCUUCUAUAAUUUAGUUUUUUUU